AUGGCUUCGAAGGCAAUGCCCCAAAUUCUCCCAGAAAUGCCAAGCAUCCCAGGCCCGAAGCAGUGCUCUAAAAGUGCUUCCCCUUUGGAGAUUCCUCAGACAAACAAUUCCUGUGCUUCAGCACUAACAGUGUUACCAGGAACAACUAACGUGAGCAAAUCGAGUCAUAAACCUGAGCCGAAGGAGCAGAAACCAGAUCACCACCUCAAGGAACCUGUUGAUGUUGCGUCGAUCAAGUUUCCCGUGGAAUCAAGCAAGAAAGUGGUAGCGGAGAAUGGGAGCAUGAAUGGAAGUUCCACUUCAUUUCAGACAUGUGAAGGGACUAGUCAAGCAAAGGUUAGCGUAAGUGCUAAGUUCACUGAUCCAUCUGAGAUUGGUGACAGGGGCAAUAGUGGAAGAUGCAGGCCUAGCACAAGCAGUGAUAUCAGUGAUGAGAGCUCAUGUAGUAGCAUGAGUAGCAGCACAAAGCCUCACAAGGCGAAUGAUUCACGAUGGGAGGCAAUUCAGAUGAUCAGAACUAGAGAUGGGAUCCUUGGGUUGAGUCAUUUCAGGCUGUUGAAGAGGUUAGGCUGUGGCGAUAUUGGCAGUGUGUAUCUCUCUGAAUUGAGUGGGAGUAAGAGCUAUUUCGCGAUGAAGGUUAUGGAUAAGGCAUCACUAGCAAGCCGUAAAAAGUUGCUUCGAGCUCAAACAGAGAAGGAGAUUUUGCAAUGCCUGGAUCAUCCCUUCCUUCCUACACUUUACACUCACUUUGAGACCGAUAAGUUCUCCUGCCUAGUUAUGGAGUUCUGCCCAGGGGGAGACCUUCACACUCUUCGACAGAGGCAGCCUGGCAAACAUUUUCCGGAGCAAGCUGUCAAAUUCUACAUAGCAGAAGUCCUCCUGGCACUAGAAUACUUGCACAUGCUCGGUAUCAUAUACCGUGAUCUCAAGCCUGAAAAUGUCCUUGUUCGGGAGGAUGGGCACAUCAUGCUCUCAGACUUCGACCUCUCCCUUCGCUGUGCAGUCAGUCCAACACUGAUUAAAUCCUCAAACCCUGAUGCAGAAGCACUCAGGAAGAACAGCCAAGGCUACUGUGUUGAGCCGUCCUGCAUUAUUCAACCAUCAUGUGCAGCCCCAACCACCUGCUUUGGCCCACGCUUGUUCUCCUCCAAGUCCAAGAAAGAUCGAAAACCAAAACCUGAAGUUGCCACCCCAAUCAACCAUUGGCCUGAGCUCAUAGCAGAGCCCAGUGAUGCACGAUCAAUGUCAUUUGUUGGGACACACGAGUACCUGGCCCCUGAGAUUAUCAAAGGUGAGGGCCAUGGUAGCGCUGUCGACUGGUGGACCUUUGGGAUAUUCUUGUACGAGCUGCUUUUCGGGAAGACACCUUUCAAGGGAUCCAGCAACCGGGCUACACUGUUCAAUGUCAUUGGCCAGCAGUUGCGCUUCCCAGAGUACCCGGUUGUGAGCUUCUCAGCAAGAGAUUUGAUCAGGGGUUUACUUGUGAAGGAGCCCCAGCAACGGUUGGCUUACAAGCGUGGAGCCACAGAGAUCAAGCAGCAUCCCUUCUUUGAGGGCGUGAAUUGGGCACUGAUAAGGUGUGCAAGCCCACCAGAGGUACCAAAACUUGUCGAGAUCGAGAGGCCAUCAAAGCAGCCUUCAUCGCCAUCAAGGGCUGCUGAUGCUUCCGUUGGUGCACCCCAGAAAGGUGCUGACGGCUACUUGGAGUUUGAUUUCUUCUAG